CCUCGACAGUCGUCAACGAGCAGCUAUACCGGACCUUUCGGACCAAUCUGCGGGCCUCAUCUGAGCUUAGAUUCGGAAUUUGCUGGCUUUGUUUGCUAGCGGGCAGCCGUGAACGCGCGAAGGGGAUGCUCGUAUCGACGGCCUAGUGCAAUGGCGUCAAUCGUUUCUCCGUACUCGACUCCCCCGCCAAUACGUUCUAAUGUGAUCAAGAAUCCACCGGAAUCCGUACCCAGCACGGAUGACCUGGAGGCCGCGCAGGCGGAACUUCAGAUUCUGAAACUGAAGUCUAUGGAAUUCAUGUCUAAGGUGGUAGCGGAUUACAAGACAUUGGACGAGUCCAGGAGGUUUAUCAAGGAGAAAGAGAAGCAGAAGGGGAAGCGGAAGGAGGAGAAGAUCAAGAAGGAGCGCGGAUUCACCCCCAUGGCGGUUGAUUCUGAAGAGCGCGCCUUGUCUGUGAAUCGCACUCGAUUUCCCUCGGUGGCGUCCUCUACGUCCGCUCCGCAGUACAUCAAGAGGCCCUCACUGGAUAGCCUGAAGACUUCGUCGGAUCUUCUCAAGAAGAAGAAAAAACGGAAGCGAGAGUUCGGUGACAGCGACGGAGAGCCCGAACCACAACGCGCGCGUAAGGUAUCGCCUUCCCCGUCGGUAGUAUCCAGCAACAACCAGAAAGCGAUGAAAGCACCUCCAGCCGUAUCCGCUAAGCUUCCGAGUGGUCAGGACUUCACGCUUCCUGCUCCGGUGACACUAGUACCUCCCAGACCUCCUGUGCCACCGGCGCCUGCACCAGGGCCAAGCAAAGCUACAGACGUGAAGGAGGACUUCAGCAAGAUGAAACAGCCUUCUCAGAUCCUCGUGCACACGUUUUACACCUCGAUAGAACCCUGGUUACGACCUUUCACGGAGGAAGAUGUGGGGUUCCUCGAGUACACCGCCGACGAAGUGACACCCUAUGUAAUGCCGAAGCUUGGACGUCAUUAUUCGGCGGUUUGGGAGGAAGAGGAUAUCGCUAUCUAUGGUGUUCCGCUUCCAGGUACCGCCGCAGCGCAGGCCAGUGCGCUCGCAAGUACUAGCGAUUGUGGCAAGCUCUUUCAGAAGAACGCGAAGUGGGAGCCGGCGACGCUCACGGAUGCGGACUCCAUCACGGAGGAGAAGGGUCACGGGCCUCUAACCGAACGGCUCAUCAGCGCACUUCUACCGAUGCCCGGCGAAGCGGUAUGGAACGGGGUCAAACAGGCUGAGGGUGCAAUGGAAGGGAGGUCUGGUGGAGGCGCGACAGCUGCCGCAGCUAGGGACAAGAUGACCAUAGCCGAUCUCGAGGAGCGAAUCAGGGAGAGUUUGAGGUGGCUUGGUGUACCGGAUGACGAACCCGUCACGGAUGACCCAGUUGACGACCCGAUUGCAACGGCGCUUAGGCAUGCGCAGCAACGGUUACGCGUCACAGUUGCCACCAACAAGGCCCGGAAGGCGAGGCUCGUGAACAUCGUGCGGGAUCGCUUGGGCUACCAAGAUUACGUCGAGAUGCGCGACGCCUUUGACCGGAACAUCGCCAACCUGUAUAACAAGUUACAGAAGAAGGAUGCACCGAAAGUGUCGAAGAAGAAGAGAGCGAAGAGCGAGCUAGCUGGCGCGAACGGGGAUGCGAAAGCGCCCGCUGUGGUUCCGCCUAGUCCCGCAGCGCUCGGGUUAGGUCAGGACGACAGGGCGGUACUGAACGUGCCGGAACAGCUCAUACAGCUCGUGAAGGCGCGGCGCCAGUGGGUUGACCAGAUCGGCCAUGUGUUCGAGGAAAAGGAGCGGGAGAGGAAGGGGACCAUCAUUGGCGUCCCCGAGAGGGAAAAGAGUGUGUUCGUCGGAGUAGUGGAUGAAGUUAGGGCGGAACUUGAGCGGGCGAAAAUGCUGCCGCCUGUCCUGAGAGAGAGCGCUCUGAAGGAUCCGAAAGGGAAGGGCAAAGCGGGAGCAUCCGGGGCUGAAGCGAUCUCGAGCACGAAUGCACCAUUACCGAAUGGCACCCCGAUGGAACUGGGAUAGGGCAGCCGUUCUUGGCGAUUUCCUUAAGAUUAUCGUUCUCUAUUUGCUUUUAUCACUGCUGGCGUUGUAGUUUUAUAAUCAACCCAACCCUCCGGAUACUGGUCACACCUUUCAAAUCACCAGGAUGCGGUCAC